AUGGCAACGUUGAACUUUGAGUUGAAAAACAAUACCGGUUCUAACACAGUCUACGCCUACAUCACAGGCCAAGCGCUUGAUAAUAACAAUGCGCUUUUCCUCCUGCGAUCCGAUGGCAAGACACCCUACUACCCAACCUCACCACCGGCCACUGGGACCGAUCUGAGUGAGGAUUGUGCGAUUCCCUUGGGUGCACCUGGCAAUACCACCACCAUCACUAUUCCCCACCUCGCAGGUGCGCGACUGUGGUUCGUCCAAGACAACAAAUUGACAUUCUAUCUGAAUCCCGGCCCUGCCCUUGUCGAGCCUUCGGUAUCGAACCCGGCAGACCCUAACUACAAUCUGAGAUGGGCCUUUUGCGAAUUCACCUGGAAUGACUUCCAGCUUUAUGCGAAUCUCAGCUACGUCGACUUCGUGUCGAUGCCCAUCGCCAUGACCCUAACCAACGGAGCUGGUGCAACCCAGACCGUCAAGGGUCUGCCACCCAAUGGUCUCGAUCUAGUCUGCGAUGCUCUCAAAGAGCAGAAUAGCAAGGAUAAUGCCGGCUGGGACCAGCUUGUAAUCCAGAAAGACGGGGUCAACUUGCGCGCCGUUUCUCCAAACACGGGAAGAACCCUGAAUAAUUCUUUGUUCAACGAUUACUACAAGAGCUACGUGGAUGAAGUCUGGACUCACUACAGCUCCAACAAUGUUUUGACGGUCAACACUCAGGCUGACGCCGGUGAUGUUACCGCCAAAGUUGCCUCCGAUGUCUUGUCCUUCUCGGUUCCAGAUGUUUCAUACGUCAAGCCGUCCACUGGAGAUAUCUUCAGCAACAGUACCGGUUCCUUUGCCGUUUCUGGGAAUGGCACUAAAGACGCUAUUACAGCUCGUCUCGCGGCUGCCUUCAAUCGCUCAACGCUUUUGAUAAAUGGCAACCAGCCGAACGGGGAGACAGUUUCCAAUUACUACAAGAACCCUGUGACAAACCACUACUCGCGCAUCUGUCAUUCCGUGAACAUUGAUACCCGAGGCUAUGCAUUCCCCUAUGAUGAUGUUGCGCCUAACGAUGGUCCCGAUCAAUCUGGGAGUGUUUUCGAUGGCAACCCAAAGCUCUUGACGGUCACUAUUGGCGGCGGUCCGAGUAACUCUGUCAAGAAGUCUGCGGUUGAGGGUAGUGCUAUGCCAGUACAGCAACCAUCGGAGAAUGGGCAAAGCCAGGAGAACGGACGGAAGCCGAGCCGCUUCCAUGAGCUGAGGAGCUUUAUGGAUAAGCUGACGCACAGGAAGAGCAGCACUUGA